AUGUCUCAAGUCUCGGGUUCAAUCACCAACCGCUUCAUCCAGAAGGUUUCCUCCAAGGAAUUCAGAAGCUACUUUUUGAGCACUCACUUUUGGGGCCCUGUCGCCAACUGGGGUAUUCCUAUUGCUGCCAUCUCUGACUGGAAGAAGGACCCUGAACUUAUCUCUGGAAAUAUGACUGCUGCUCUCUGUAUCUAUUCUGGUCUUUUUAUGCGUUUCGCUUUGGCUGUUCAGCCCGUAAACUAUCUUUUGUUCGCUUGCCACGCUACCAACGAAGUUGCUCAGCUGGUCCAGGGUUAUCGCUACAUUGACUACCACAAGCUCGGUGGCAAGGCAAAGCUCUUGGAACAGCAGAACCAAGAAAAGGCUGUUGCUUUGGAUUAAAAUGGAUGUCUUGAUAUAUAAAUAUUUGUAGUAAUUAUGUACCUCUCUUAAAAAAAUUGAAAAAAGUAUAAUUAAAAAAGACUAGAAUACAGAAACAGAAAAAAGCAAAAAAAAAUAAGAAAAAGUGGAAAGAGAGAGAGAGAGAGAGAUACGUAGUACUUGAAGAAGAAUAUUUGAGACUUUCAAA